UUAAAGAUAAUGCCCGAUCGAUCUUUCAAAUAUAUUCAUUAUGUUUUUGAAAUGGUUUAUUUAAGGAUUACGAAGUAACUCUGUGAGUUUCGCUGAGAACGAUUUAAUGAUUUCUUGAAAAAAUGAGUCAGUUAGAUUCUUUACUUCUAGGUAAUAAUUUUAAAUUUAUUAACAAAACAAAUAGGAAAACUUUCUUAAUUUAGAUCGAAGUAUAUUGGUAGCUAAUCGUGCAAUUGUGUUUCAUAUCAUAGUGGUAUCGAGAUGAAAAUCAGAAUAGCGCAAAGUGAUUUUUCGUUGACAGAGUUCUUUUUCGAAAUCUGUGUUCAAAGUCACAGUUUGCUCGUUUACUGAGUAUGAAUAUUUCGCGCCAUAUUUAUUUGAUUUCUGUUGUAGAAUUUAUGGAAUUGUAACUAGGUAGCAACAGUAAAAUAUCCUAUCAAUGAAAAACAUUGAAUGCCAGACUCGAUUUGAAGAGCGACAACUUGUUUUCAUUUCAAAAUAUACAGUGAGUGGAUCAAUUUAUUCACCUCCAUUGUAUUCAUCACCAACUGACUACAAGAAACGAGCUCGACUUUAAUUAAAUGAGCAGGCAACUGCUAGACGUACACUUAUGUCACUGCUUUUUUGUUCAAAUGCGUAGACUAGCAAAAUGAUACGAUUUUUAAGUUUCUCUAGAAUUGCAAAAUCACAUAAAUGUUAAAUCGAAUAGUUUGCAAAGACUAAGCUCAGAAAUUAAUAUUUCUAGUGGUACAGCUAAAUUGUUUUUAUUGGCGAUGAUCCAACAAAAGUCUACUCCAUAUGUUCGCGAUGAUACAAUAUUUAUUAAAAUCAUGGUUGAUGUUGGUGAUAUGUCAAAGGCCUCGAUCCAUAUCCAACAAUUAUUGAUUAAAAAAGAAGUAAUGCCAUCACAACAAUCAAUUGAAACUGACUUCGACAAAGAUCAUUUCAAUGGUCAGCAAAGUUCCACUUGA